AAAAAUGUUCUCUCCUCUGUAGCAAAAAAAGGGUGAACAAUGGCUUCGCAGAGGUCAACAACACUUGUUGCUCCGCUCUUCUUAUUUGUGGUUAGUUGUGUCUCUGUUGUGAGUUGUACUCAAAGAGACGUCACCGUUUUACUCCGGGUUAAAAACGACGGACUCGACGACCCGCAUGGUCGACUUGGUGAUUGGGUCGAGACGACUCAUAAUGCUCCCUGCAACUGGACCGGGAUUACCUGCGAUCCGCACACUGGCGCAGUCAUUGCGAUUGACCUCUCCAGUCUCAACAUCGCCGGGGGAUUUCCGGCGGAUUUUUGCCGUAUUCCGACGCUCCGGUACCUCAGUCUCGCGGACAACAUCCUCAACGGUUCUCUCUCUUCGAUGUCCAUCUCUUUCUGCUCUCACCUUCAUUUCUUGAAUCUGUCUUCCAACUAUUUCGUCGGUGAAUUGCCGGAGUUUGUGCCGGAGUUCGUCAACCUGACCACGCUCGAUCUCAACUUGAACAACUUCACCGGCGAUAUUCCGGCAAGUUUCGGCAGGUUUCCGGUUCUCAAGGUGCUCAGGCUAGCGUAUAACAAUCUCAAUGGCUCAAUCCCUGAGUUCUUGACCAAUCUCACUGAGUUGACACGGUUCGAGCUUGCUGGAAAUCCUUUCAAGCCAGGUCCACUGCCUCUGGCAAUCGGAAACCUGAGAAAACUUGAAAAUAUAUGGAUUCCAAGCGCUAGUCUCAUCGGAAACAUUCCAGACUCUAUCGGAAAUCUCGUUGCUCUUAAAAAUCUCGAUCUCUCCGUUAAUCAACUCUCUGGUAAAAUUCCCGGUAGCAUUGGUGGAUUGCAAAAUGUACAACAAAUUGAGCUAUAUCAAAACCAAUUAUCAGGUGAAUUGCCUAUUACUUUAUCGAAUUUGACUUCACUGCUCCAACUUGACGUUUCUCAGAACAAUCUAACCGGAAAAUUGCCGGAGGGUAUCGCCGGUAUGCCUCUCGCGGUACUCAAUCUCAAUGACAACAGUUUGGAAGGCGAAAUUCCAGAAACCCUAGCUUCAAACCCUAAUCUGUCGCAAUUGAAACUCUUCAACAACAGAUUUUCUGGUACAUUGCCUGUGAAUUUAGGCCGAAACUCCGAUCUUAAUGAUAUUGAUGUCUCUGGUAACGAACUUGAAGGUUCAUUGCCUCCGAAUCUUUGUUACAGAAAGAAACUUCAACGACUACUCACUUUCGACAACAAUUUCUCAGGUCCUAUUCCCGAUUCGUACAGUGAUUGCAAUACUCUUAAUUACAUACGUAUCUACAAUAACGAACUCUCUGGAUCAGUACCUUUCUGGAAUCUCUCAGAACUUCAAUUCAUUGAACUGAAAAACAAUAAAUUUGAAGGUUCGAUUCCUCCUUCCAUUUCCGAUGCUCGAGGUUUAGCGAAAAUAUUGAUCUCCGGCAACAGUUUCUCCGGCAGACUUCCAUUGGAAAUUUGCAAAUUAGAAGAGCUUGUAUUUGCCGAUCUGAGUAGAAAUCAAUUUUUCGGCCAAUUGCCUGGAUGUAUAACUGAAUUGAAUAAGUUACAGAAGUUGAAGCUGCAAGAGAACAAGUUCACCGGUGAAAUUCCAGCGAGCGUUGGUUCUUGGAAAGAGCUUACGGAGCUGAAUUUUUCGAAUAACAAUUUCGACGGUGAAAUUCCGAGCGAGCUUGGGAGUUUGCCGUCGUUAACGAACUUGAAUCUAGAAGGAAACUCACUUUCCGGCGAGAUUCCGGCGGAGUUGACGAAUCUGAAACUCAACGUGUUCAAUGUCUCCAACAACAAACUUGAAGGUGAAGUGCCAAGUGGUUUCAACACUGAGUUUUAUCUCCAGAGCCUAAUGGGUAACCCGGGUCUAUGCAGUCCGGAUCUCAAACCACUCCCUCCAUGCCCGAAAUCCAAACCCAAACCCAUUACCUUGUGUUUGAUAGGAAUUCUUGUGGCCUUGGUUUUGCUAUUGAUCGGGUCACUUAUCUGGGUCCUCAAGAUCAAAACUUUGAAUCUACUUUUUAAUAAGAGACAUCAUUCAUUAGAAAUAACCGCAUUCCAACGGGUUGAGAUUAAUGAAGAAGGCGUGUUGGCUGCACUCACAAAGGAAAACCUAAUCGGGUCAGGUGGAUCGGGCCAGGUUUAUAGAAUGAAGCUCAAGAGCGGACAAAUGGUGGCAGCUAAGAGGUUGUGGGGAGGUGGCAACCGAUUAGUAGACUCAGAGGCAGUGUUCCGAUCAGAGGUGGAGACAUUGGGUAGAAUCCGACAUAGCAAUGUUGUAAAACUGUUGUUGAGCUGUAUCGGAGAGGAUAUUCAGAUUUUGGUGUACGAGUACAUGGAGAAUGGGAGUUUAGGGGAUGUAUUGCACGGGGAGAAGGGUGGGGUGUUGUUAAAUUGGCCUAAGAGGUUCUCAAUCACAAUUGGGGCAGCCCAUGGGUUGGCCUAUCUGCACCAUGAUUGUGUGCCACCUAUUGUGCACCGAGAUGUUAAGUCUAACAACAUUUUGUUGGAUGAGGAUUUUAACCCACGAGUCGCUGAUUUCGGGUUGGCCAAGACGUUGCAACAUGAUCUGAUGGAGGAAGGCGGUGGUGGAGUGAUGUCACGUGUUGCCGGUUCUUGUGGCUACAUUGCGCCUGAAUAUGCCUACACAUUGAAAGUGAAUGAGAAGAGUGAUGUUUACAGUUUUGGCGUGGUGUUGUUGGAGCUCAUAACCGGUAAGAGGCCAAACGAUGACUCCUUGGGGGAGAACAAGGACAUUGUGAAGUGGGUAACAGAGGUUGCACUAUCAUCUCCAGAAGAAGGAAAAGGCAUAAUAGGUUUGGGACAGCUUGUAGAUCCGAGGAUGGACCCAUCAACAAGCAAUUACGAAGAGAUUGAGAAAGUCCUCAACGUUGCUCUACUUUGCACUUCUCCAAUUCCCAUGAACAGACCUUCCAUGAGAAGGGUUGUUGAGUUGCUCAAACACCAUACAUUGGCUCAUCAAAAGUGAGAAAAUGUGCUGAGAUUGUAGCAGCUGGUCGGCCUUUUUUUUUGCUCCUUUUUGGGUGGCAUCUAAUUUUUUAAUUAUUUUGGGGGGUGGUGUAGUUGUGCCAAUGUAGCAUGUAAAAGCUCUUUUCAGUUGAGAGAGUAGCCAAGGCAAGCUUGAAUAGAUUAAUGCUCUUGGCAUAUUAUUUGCAUUACAGUUAACGUCUUUUUAUGAA